GCGGGAGCUGCUCUGCCCGGCCCCGGGGUGGUGACGGAGCGGGUUGGAGGCGCCGUCCUGGUGCAGGGCUGCAUGGAGCGGGCGCGGGUGCCCGACGCCGCUGCUUUCCGUGCCUUCAGGCAGCGCUGUCAGGAUGGCAGCUGGCAGCGGGACCGCGGUGGGCUCGCCGUCAGCCUCCAACUGCCGCCGCCUGGCUGUGCCGUGCACCAGCUGAAGUGCCGCAUCGAUGUCCCGGACGUGCCAGCAGAGACGAUGUACGACGUGCUGCACGACAGCGAGUAUCGCCGCGAGUGGGACAGCAACGUCAUCGACACGCACGACAUAGCCCAGGUGGCUGCCAACGCUGAUGUGGGCUACUAUGCCUGGCGAUGUCCAAAGCCCUUAAAGAACAGGGACGUGGUGAUGCUGCGAGCCUGGCAGGUGGAGGACGGGUAUCACACCAUUAUCAACUUCUCCAUCAAACACCCGAAAUACCCUCCGCGCAAGGACCUGGUAAGGGCCGUCUGUCUCCUAACGGGAUACCUGGUGCAUUCAACUGGGCCCAACAGCUGCAGCCUCACCUACCUGGCUCAGGUGGAUCCAAAAGGGUCAUUGCCAAAGUGGGUUGUGAAUAAAGCCUCGCAGUACCUGGUGCCGCAGAUGUUAAAGAAACUGCACAAGGCCUGUGUGCAGUACCCUGCCUGGAAGCAGCAGCACAACAUAAACAUGAAGCCCUGGCUGUACCCCGAGCAGAACAAGCUUCCCGUGCUGGAGCUGUCAGAGCUGGCACUGCAGCAUGCUGCGUCGCUGGAGAACAUCGACGAGAGCAGCCUGGCUGAAGAGAAGGAUGAGAGCAGUGAGCACAGUGGCUUGGAGAACUGAUGUUGCUCAAGCUUGUCUAGUUUACAAGAAGAGGGGAAAGAGUUUUUCACUGAAAAAAGAAAUCUCAUGUUCGUAGCCUUUUCUCAAGCCAGCUGCGUGGCUCCUGGCUUGCUGGCCCUGCUUACUGCAAGGCACAUGGGAUGACAGUUCUGACCUGGUAAUGUUAUGCUCUGGGAGAAUUCACACCACGUAUUUCUCAGAUGAAACCUGCCCUUACGGAAUACAGCUUGUUCUGGGCCUGUUGCUCCCAAGAGGUCAAGUUACCUGCGGUACCUCUGCCAGGCUGCUCUACCAGCUGUGAGUUACUCAUUGACAAACUGCUCUUUGCCUCUGUCCUGUGAGUGGCUGAAAUACCUUGUGUUGCUGGAGCUGUUGUUUUCCCAAAGGGAAUCGGUAACUACCUGGUGUUUCCCUCCAGCUCUGAACGAUGAAACAGACUGGUGACAAGUACUGCUCUGUCCAUUAAAGAUACUUAAGCCAUGAA